GCAAAUUACAAAGAUAGAAAGAAAGAGAAAAGACUGAAGAGAAUAGAGAACAAAAUAAACAGGCAAGUUACUUUUGCUAAGAGAAGAAAUGGACUUCUCAAGAAAGCCUAUGAACUUUCUGUUCUGUGCGAUGCUGAGGUUGCUCUCAUCAUAUUUUCUAAUCGUGGUAAACUCUAUGAGUUCUGCAGCACUUCAAGCAUGAUGAAAACAAUUGAAAAGUAUCAACGUUGCAGCUAUGCUACUUUGGAAGCCAGCCAAUCAGCUACUGAUACUCAGAACAACUACCAUGAGUAUUUGAGGCUAAAAGCUAGAGUUGAGCUCCUACAACGAUCUCAGAGAAACCUUCUUGGGGAAGAUUUGGGGACAUUAAGUACCAAGGACCUCGAGCAGCUUGAGAAUCAAUUAGAAGCGUCCUUAAAGCAAAUCAGGUCAAGGAAGACACACUUCAUGCUGGAUCAGCUUGCAGACCUUCAACAAAGGGAGCAAAUGCUGGCAGAAUCUAAUAAACAUCUCCGGAGAAAGCUGGAAGAAAGUGCAGCUGGAAUUCCUCUUCGAUUGUGUUGGGAAGAUGGAGCUCAAGCAAUGCAACUCAACCGUCUCCCUCAAACUGAGGGUUUCUUUCAGCCUCUUGGAUUGACUUCUUCUCCUCAAUUUGGAUACAAUCAUGUGGGCACGGAUGAGGUGAAUGGAGGAGCAUCAGCUCAUAAUAUGAAUGGAUUUAUUCCAGGGUGGAUGCUGUAAAUUUGAUAAAUCAAGGCAGCUGCUCCAUCUUUGCUUCAACGAAAUAAAAUAAUAGUAUAUUGCAUUUUCUUUUCGUUUGUUGCAAAUUGUAUUUAGAAACUCUUAAGUAUUAUUGGGCAAGGACAAUAAUAUGUAUUCAUAAGUUGUUACCAUAACAUUUGAAUGGCCCUGCUUGAUUGGCCAUUAUGUAUUUCUGCUUGUAUUCCAUGUAAUUAAAUGGAAUUGUUGCAUUAUUAAUUGUA